ACACAGACCUAAUUACUUAUGUUUAUUAUCUAGAUUUAACUAAAGCAUUUUCUGUAAAUCUGAAAACAGAAUUUAUAUUUUAUUCACACUUACAUGUCAAAUCAACUGCAAUUUAAAACAUCCUUUUUAACUGUUUUACAUUGCUAAUCAUCUCUCUAUAAAUUGCAGUGUAAUCUAUAGCUCCAGUUGGUGACGUAGAAGAUGUGAUAUGAAGUGCAAAGUGAAAAUAAGGCUAAAGCAGAUUGAGUGCCCUGGCACUCUCCAUCUGCCUACACGUUUACCUGUUUACAUUUCUAUAUGUUUAUUUGGUCAAUUGAAAAGAAGUGAUGAUGUUUAUCCAUCCUUUCCUUUGAAAUUCAAUUCCAGUAUAAUAUUUCAACGGUAUUUUACAAAUGCGAAGAAUCCUGAUCAGGUGAUGGAAAUACUUGAAGAUGAAACAGUUACAAUUGAGCUUAAACAGUAUACCAAAUGGGGAAAAGGGUGUCAAACUUUGGCGCAGUAUGAAAAGUCUGCAAGACUGUUCUUGUUUCCUUCUCAAUUUUAUGUUUCUAAAAUGGAUGGGCUGCUGAGAGAAAUACUUUUACAUAAAACAUCUUACUUAAGGAAUAUCAAGAUUCUUGAUCCAAAGUUUAUUUUUUCAUCAACCACAACAUUUGAAGAUCAACUAGCUGAUGAAAUUUCACCACAAUUAAAAAAGCAACUACAUACCGAUAACUUAGAAACUAAACAAGCUAUUUCUUGUAAGACACCAGUUAAAAAAGAUUUUCAAAAUCAUUACCUCAAAGGACAUACUAAUCCAGAGUUAAUGUCAAAAAGUUUGAAAGAAGAUUUACAGCGUUCCACAGAGUCCUUAGAAACUUCUGAAAACAAAAAAUAUUCACGCCAUUGUAUUUGUGAAUGCCCAGUUUUAAAUGAUAUUGAUUUUUCAUUAAAAGCUUGGUUAAAAACACUUAAACUAAAUGUAAAGAAAAAUUUUGAAAGUGUAAGACCAUUUCGAACAGGUAAAGCACCAGAAACAUUACUUUCUGCUCGCCAUUUUGAAAAUCCAGAAAGAAGAGAAAAACAAAAACAAGCUUUAUGCAAGUUUUGUUCAGUGCCAUCUAAAGUAUGCACACUCUGUAAUGCAUAUAAAACAGUUUAUGGUUCAGAAAACUUUCUUUUUUAUCGCUUUAAGAAUUUUGAAAAUAUUUUAUCCUCUCAAAAAAAUCACAAAGAUCUAUCUGAAGAUUUUCAUAGACACCAAAACCAAGCUAAAAAUUAUAAACAUAAAUUAAAAACUCCCUCUUCCAGCAGUGAAUGUAAACAAUACAAGGGUAACAAAAUGCAUCCCAAUAUGAACCCAAAAGUAAAUUUUAGUCCUGUUUACACAACAUACUCAUAUGCAAAUUUGUUUGAAUCUUCCAGUUGCUCUACUAGUGACGAUGAUAAUCCGAUAAGGGUUGUUAAAAAAAGACGUGCUAAACAUUUCUCUGAAGCUUAUGAUUAUAAACCUGCUACAGGUAUAUUGUUUAACGAGGAAACAAAGGACUUUGAUAGAUGGAAAAAAAACUUUGAGAAAUCUUCAACUUACAAUUAUUGUGACACUUCAGCAAUACAAAAUCGAAUUAAAGAGUUGAUGAAAAAAAACAAAACGGUUCUUGAACGUGAGAUAUUGUCACCUGCAUUAUCUUACUCGUCUGUUUCGUCAUCGUCACUCUCAAGUUCAGAAAAUGAUUCAGCUGAUGGAGUCGUUGUGAAACCUAGUUGGCGUGGCCGCCAUCGAGACGAAAUGACCGGCACACUUCGAGAAAAAUUUGAUGCAAGCUUGAAUAGUAUUUAUCAAGAUCUUUAUAAAAAAACACUAGAAAGCUGAUUAUACAGUUUAUAAUAGUUUGACGUACUAACCCAUAUUUGUGGUGGGUGGGUGGUUGGAUCUAUCUGUUUUAAUUUAAUAUUAUCCGUUUGAUUUUUUUUCUUUGUUUUUUUAAGUUAGAAUUUUUAUUGAAACUUUUUUUAAACAAAAUUAUUGACAUGUUUUAAGAAACAAUUUAUUCAUUUUGUUUGAUUUUUUUAACUACGUCCCCUUUUUUCACAUUCCGAACCCCCCAACCCCUUCCUCCUCCUCCCCUCCUUUAAACAAAGUUUUAUAGUGCACCAUAGCUCUAUAUACCGUUUCUUGGUCCCGUUCCGUGUCUAUAAAGUUCUCGUUUUUAUUUUAGUUAUAUUUAAUUAUUUAAGUUUAAUUUAUAAAUGAUAUCACAAAAAAUAUAUUUAUAAACAAAUCUGUUCUAUAUAAUAUAUAUAUAAAUA